AUGUCGGGCUCGAUGAUCGGCGAUCAGAGUUAUCUCUUUCUCAAUCGGAUACAAGAGAGAAGGUUCGAUGAAGAAUCGCUUCGGAUUCUCGAUUUAUCUCUGGUUGCAAUGAAUGUGAAAUCGUUUUCCGAGGUUAGAUCUCGUUUGAGAGAUUUCAUGAGAUCUGAAUCGGCUUCCAUUUUCGGUGAGCUUACUGGAGAACACAUCGUUGCAAAACUCUCCGUACUUGAAUUCUUCGCUCGUGCUUUUGCUCUUAUCGGUGAUAUGGAGAGUUGUUUGGCUAUGAGGUAUGAGGCAUUAAAUUUGAGGGAGAUCAAGUCCACUAGCUGUUUGUGGUUAAGGGUUUCACAUUCAGAAUGGACCCAAUUUGCAGUCCAAUCUAUGGAAAAUGGAUUCCCUUCUAUUGCAGGAAAGGCGUCUGAAAAUGCGCUAUUGAGCCUUAAGAGGGAUUUUCUUAUUGAAACAAACUCAGAAGAGUAUUCUGAAAAUUUGGAUGCUGCAGAGAAAGUAAGGAGACUAAGGGAUUCAGCUGCCUCUUUAACAUCUUCACAUUCAGUUCAGGCACAAGGUGCAGAAUACUUGAGGAGCAAGGAGCUCAGGAUACUAAGUAGACAGGCUCCACCUACUAAAAAUCUACACUGCACAGGUAGCAAUUUGUUCAGAGAAGGAAUCAAGAAGCGUAAUGAACGAAUGUUCCAAGAUAUCCGUAGCAUUCAGAUGAUCCAAGAACUAGAAUCAGAUUCGCAUUGUCUUUGA